AUGUCAGCCAGAAUGGCUCCUCCUCUUCCUCUGAUCUCUGUGCGCAUGAUUCACAGGGUUUCUAGUACUGGUUGGGGUGUGAGUUACAGUCAUUCACACAUCUGUGCUCUAAAGAACUCAUCAGUGAUAAUGAACUGCAAUUAUACAUACCCUACUGGACGCCAGAUCAUGAAAGUGUUCUGGACCAAAAACCCUGUAAAGGGUAAAGAUACUCCAGAUCUGUCUGAGGACCCUGAAUACAGUCAGAGGCUUCAGUAUCUGGGAAAUAAACAGCAGAACUGCACCAUCAGACUGAGUCAUGUGACACAGAAAGAUUCACACGAGUACCAUUUCAGAUUCACUACUAAUCUAACAGAAAGAAGAUGGACUGGUUAUCCAGGAGUGAAUCUUACUGUCACAGAUCUUCAGGUGGAGUCUCCUGAGAGAGUGACAGAGGGAGAUUCAGUCCGUCUGACAUGUAAAAGCAGCUGCGCUCUGACUGAAGGAGCAACAUUCAUCUGGUACAGAAACUCACAGCCAUUAACUGAGAGAAGAGACAGAAACAAUCAACUCCUGCUGCAGUCAGUCAGAAGAGAGGAUGCAGGCAGAUAUAGCUGUGCUCUACAUGGACACACUUACAUCUCUCCUGCUGUUCAGCUCAGUGUCACGUAUGCACCAAAGAGUGUCUCAGUGUCCAUCAGUCCAUCUGGUGAAAUAGUAGAAGGAGAUUCAGUGACUCUGAGCUGCAGCAGUGAUUCAAACCCACCUGCAGAAAUCAGCUGGUUUAAAGGAGAAACGUUUGUAGGAUCUGGAAGAAUCUACAGCAUCUCAAAGAUCAGCUCUGAUCACAGUGGAGAAUACAAGUGCAAGUCCAGAAAUAAACAUGGAGAGAAAUACUCUGAUGCUGUGACUUUAAACAUCAUGUAUCCUCCCAGGAACGUCUCAGUGUCCAUCGUUCAGUCAGGUCAGUUCUGGGAGAGAGAUUCAGUGACUCUGAUCUGCAGCAGUGAUUCAAACCCACCUGCAGAAAUCAUCUGGUUUAAGGAGAAUCAAAGCUCAGCCGUUGGAUCUGGACAGAGUUUCAGUGCACUACAGAGUGGACGCUUCUACUGUGAGAUGAAUCAUUCCAGACCUGAUCAUAACAGACGUACAGCUCAUGUGGAGUCGACUGAACCUUUGUAUGAGAAAAUGAAUGAUUCCAGACCUCAUGAUGAGAAACUCAAUGUUUGUGAUAUUGAGAUGACUGAACCUGUGUAUGAGAAUACAAUGAUGAAUCAUUCCAGACCUGAUCAUAACAGACGUACAGCUCAUGUGGAGUCGACUGAACCUUUGUUUGAGAAAAUGAAUGAUUCCAGACCUCAUGAUGAGAAACUCAAUGUUUGUGAUAUUGAGAUGACUGAACCUGUGUAUGAGAAUACAAUGAUGAAUCAUUCCAGACCUGAUCAUGACAGACGUACAGCUCAUGUGGAGUCGACUGAACCUUUGUUUGAGAAAAUGAAUGAUUCCAGACCUCAUGAUGAGAAACUCAAUGUUUGUGAUAUUGAGAUGACUGAACCUGUGUAUGAGAAUACAAUGGUGGUAUUGUAA